GACCCACCGGUUCCGCUCCGCGUUAGCCGGGCGACAGAAAGACCCCCGGGAGCAGGACCCCAGCGUCCGGCCGCCCAGCCCCGCUCACGCUUGGGGCCCGCAUGGAGGGGCCGGUGGAGUCCCAGACUCCUGACCUGCGAGACGUGGAGGGCAAGGUGGGCAGGAAGACCCCUGAAGGGCUGCUCCGUGGGCUGCGAGGCGAGUGGGAGCCGGAACCCUCUGGCGCCUUGCUGCUCCCGGGGGCGCCCGGAACGGGCCACGGCCUGGGGGACAGGAUCAUGGCGCUGAGGAUGGAGCUGGCUUACCUGCGAGCCGUGGACGUGAAGAUCCUGCAGCAGCUGGUGACCUUGAAUGAGGGCAUCGAGGCAGUGCGCUGGCUGUUGGAGGAGCGGGGGACACUGACCAGCCAUUGCAGCAGCCUCACCAGCAGCCAAUACAGCCUGACAGGCGGGAGCCCAGGCCGCUCUAGGCGAGGCAGCUGGGACAGCCUGCCGGACCCCAGUUCGGCUGACCGCCUGGAUAGCGUCUCUAUUGGCAGCUUCCUGGACACCGUGGCCCCCAGCGAGCUGGAUGAGCAGGGUCCACCUGGCGCUCCCCACCCGGAGACCGACUGGGCAAAGGUUCUGCCCAGUGGGGAGAGGGCCAGGACGGAGGUGGAGCUGACAGCCAGCAGGCUAGGGAGCUUGAGAGCAGUGUGGAAGCCCCCAGGGGAGGGGCUGCAAGGCGGAGCUCCUGAGUCCCCAGAGGAGGAGAGCGCUCAGCUGGGCUUUGAGAGCCACUGGUACUGGGGGCAGUGCCAGGAUGAUGUGACCUUCUUGUAAUGACUUUCCCACUCCUUUGUAUUCCUGUUGCUCUUUUAUCCCUCGGCCCGAUCUCUCACAAAAUUUAUUCUCCUCCAAUCUGGGACUAGGAAGAGGCUGCAUGAACAUCACUAUGGAAACCUGGCUCACCAGCCCUCUGGUCCCUAGAGAGCCUCUGCCUUCAUCUCUCAAUUACUCGGUUCCUAGAGCUAUUUCUAUAGAGACGUUUACUCUGGAGGCUUGGCCAGGGGUUCCGGUGUGAUGGUGUCUUCCCUCUCUACCCCUGACUUGGUAAGGGCUUAAGGAACCUAGGACCCCUAAGGAGACCACUGAUGAAGAUACAGAGGUGUAAUUACCUUAUCCAAAGUCUAGAAGCCUGGGCCCUUGCCUCAUGGCCAAAAGGCAGAUUGAGGAGGGACCUGGACUUUAAGGGCCAACCUUCUAUGGCUUGGCCCUCCCAGAAGCCUUUAGGCUGGUAGCCCCACCCUUUCCUACCUGCUGAGUGAUGUCAUUUCCUGCCUGAAUGGACUAGCCUUUCCUCUGUACCAGCCCUUGGGUGGUGAUAGGUCAGUGUUUAAGCCCCUAAUGCCAAGUGGGACCAUAGCACUUUCUGUCCAUACCAUUACUUCUUGUGAGGGAGAAGUCGCAGGAAGGUUCCUCGCUGUGUACUGUUGGUGCUGCUUCUCAGAAGAUUCUUAUUUUUAAAACAGGGAGUUCUCAUUGUGUCCUUGGGAGGGGUCUCACUUCCUCUGUGGCUGCACCACUACCAGGUGCCUCACUCUGGUCUCUGUGCUUUAUGGGAGAGAAACUGCCAGAGGCCUUCACCUUUGGCUCUCAGUCUGUUGGGGUCCCUCCCCCACCCCCAGCCCUCCACGUUCCCUGUCCCUGCUGGCUCCAUUCCUGUCUUCCAGCUACGUUUCUGUUUCCUCUUCAGGCCUUUUCUGUGGAGAUGAGUCCUGGCCCCCUCUCCCUAUUGUUGUGGGGAGCCUGGGGGGUGUACAGAAUCUUGGAUGGGGGUGGGGUGGCAGUGUCAUCUUCUCCCCCCUGUGACUACCCUUCCCCCACCCUGUCCCCCGCCUCUCCUCCCACUGUUUGGUCACAAGGAUGCCUGCCUGAGGUUGGCACACAAGGAAUCUCCUUGUCUGGACCACAAUGUGGGGGUGUGGCAGGGAAAGACAGAGGCUCUUUGGUCCCUGGGCUCUGUCGUGGAGGGGGGAGGGACGGGGAAAGGCUUCUCCCCCUCAUCUCUUAGAGCAAGCCCCUGACUCCUAGACCCUAGGAGGAAGCAGGGGACUGACUCUGGGCCUGGGCUCCAGGGCUCUAGCAAUAACACCAAAGAAGGAUCUCAGGAAAGCUACCAACCUGGGGCUCAAGGACUAGAUAGGGGGAGGGUGGGUCAAGGACUGUGACUCCUGUCAGAGUGGGAAUUAACCCUUUGAACCCUGGGUAACUGCUCCGAUGCCGGGCCCUGUGAUUAGAUCAUUGGAGGGGAAAAAAAAGGAAGGAAGAUUAUGCUCUUGGGCUGUUCACAGUAGCCUCUUGAGUUGGUAGAGUCUCCCCCCGAUUCUGGAGUAACUUUGCUGUUUCUCCACUUUCCACUUUGUGCUGGGGAAUGGAAGGGCAGGGAGCCAAGGUGACCAUGUCUGCAUACCCUAACUCCUCAGGUCUUGAUUUGCGCCCCCCACCUUGAGGCUCCUGGAGCAAUACCUUUAGUAUGUGGCUGUCCCUGAGACCUCUUUCCUCCUCCCAGCCCCUCAAAGUGUUGGAAAAACAUCGUCAGCUUCGGCUGCCCACCACUCCUCACCGGCCUGGGGCUCCUGACUUCUGGUGAGGGCAGGAAUUUGAAUUUCCUAUUCCAAAUCCCUAUUCUGUAGCCAUUUGGUAGUGUGCCCUUAGGUAGGGCCCCUUCUUGGAAGCCAUUGUAUUUAUUCCUUUUGGAGGGUCACUGGUUCAUUUAGUGUCAAACUUCUGAACCGAAGAUGUGGUCUGUCCCCUUGUGGUCAUGACAUGCCAUUGCCAGGGUUGCUGGAUGGAACCUCCAAGUUCAAAUUUAAAAAUACAGCCUUCUAGAAGACCAGUCUCCUCAGUACUCAGAGAAAUUAGAGACUCAGACCUAGAGAGGGCAUGGACUUGGGCAGUGUCAUACAUUGUAAGUCUGGAGAGAACCUGGAUCCAGUGCCCACAGCUCCCUCCACACUUGGCCAGGCUGUUACCAGUUACCACCACUGAAGCCCAAAGGGACUGAAAGCAAUUUUCCCUGCUGGAAUGGUUGAGUUCUCACCCCACCCAGGAGAGGUAGCUCAUCUCUAGAGAAAGAGCAGCAGGCUCUGAGGUAAGAGAAAUUGGGCCUGGACUGGAUGAAGGGUCGACUAGUCUGGGCCUCUGUGAUAAAAAUCCAUCCCAGACUCAACUCUUUUUUUUUUUUUUUUUCCCCUGGGAAGGACUGAGUAGCUCCAGACAUGGAGGCAGAGCUCUGCAUUUCAGACCUGGAGGUGAGAAGAGGGGGCUCCAUGAGCCUAAGCAGAGCUUGCAGAGGCGGGGUACCACGGUCAGGGAAUUACAGGUCAACAGGUAGGCACCCGAGAGUGUUGGUGCCAGAGAGGUGGACAGGAGGGUCUACCCUGGUGCUGCAUCCUGUCUGAUUACCUUACACUCCAGUUCACUACCAUAGCAGCCCUGGAGCCCCAGCGGACGCACAUCCCUGGGCCCUCCUGCCUGCCUUGGGAUUGACUGGUUGAGGCUCUGGGUUAUGGGGAGAAGGGAAGGACAGGCAGAGAGAUGGGAAGCUGAGAUGAAAAUGGUGUUUAAAGUAUGACUGAGAGAGCCUGCCGCCACCCACUUGUGCUGGGGCCUCUGUCAGGGCUCGGGGUGGGGUCAAGGCAGAGAUGAGACUGCUUGUAGCGGCUGCAAAACUGUGCCUGGGAGGAUUCGGGGCAGUGCUGGCCUGGGUGGGUCCAUCCAGGGGACAUGAGACCCUGUGGGUGGGCGAGUGUAACAGGUGCCUGCAUCUGGAGCGGGUUUGACCAGAAGUUCAGAUUCCAUCUCCGUAGGAAGCGUUCGGGGUUGUAGUGGACUGAAGCUCAUUGCGGUGCCAGGCACACGCUGGGUGUUCAGCUACACCUCUUCAAUGAAUGGAACAGUGCAUGUGUGAAAACCCACAGGGACACGUGACUUAGUAAAAGGAAAAAAGAAAAGUUCAUCAUUUAUAAGCCAUGUGAUGUAAAGCCUUCUCCUUAAUUCUUAGCAUCCGUAUAAGCACAUUGUUACCCAGGUUGUUCCUUAGAAAUGUGCUCAAGGUCAGAAGGAUAAGAAGUGAGCCUCCUGUGAGCCUGGAGCAGGAACCCUCCCCACGAGGCAGACCCCACCCACCUAGAGCACAGGUUCCUGCUAGCCAGGGGCAGUGGGCUUGCUUCUUCCCAAAUUCAAUGGCUUAAAAACCCAACUUCCUUCUUACGGUUCCGGAAGUGCAAGAUCUGAAGUCAGUGUCACUGGGCCAACGUCAAAGCUGACAGACCCUGGGGCGGAGUCUGUUUCCUCACCUCCAGCCUCUAAAGGCUGCUGCAUUUCUCAGUGCGCAGCUUCUUCCUCCAUCUCCAAAGCCAGCAGCACAGCAUCUUCUGCCUUCUCUGCCCUCUGCCUCCCUCCCUCUCUCUGAUUGUACACCAGAGUUACGUUGUGAUUUCCAGUCCUGCCCCUGCAUUGCCCUCACAGGGAUAAUCCAGGAUCCUCCAUCUCAGGAUCCCUGGUUUAAGUACAUCUUCAAAGACCCCUUUCCCAUGUAUGAUGAAAUAGUCACAGGUCCUGGGGACUGGGGGUUGCACAUCUUCUGGGGAGGGGCUGCUAUUCAGCCUGUCACAGGCAGAGUGUGUGGAAGAUGGGCAGGAGGAUGCACCCAGCUGACUGCACGCAGGUGGACCUGUGUGCUUUAUCCAGACUUCAUCAGUGGUGCCGAGCGGGGAAGCAGCAGGUCCAGCCCCUCUAUCUGGAGGAUGGCAAAUGCCUCCUAUACCCAGGAGAAAGUCUCCGUAUAGGAGCUAUGUAAGACCCUCCUGGUGGCCAUGGUGGAGGGAGGGUUCCAGCAGACUUUGUGUUCUCCAGAACCAUCCUGUGCUCCUGUUCCUGCAAGAGAUAGGUUAGUUGUCUCCUUUUAAGCCUUUUAUUUUUUUUUUUAUUCCUUCGGAGGUAAACCAUGUUCCUCAGAGGGUGGUGAAUUCCAUCAGCAGCUGAUGCUAGGCCUCUUGUUUUAUUUUGUCUUUUGAUCCCUGAUCCCUGUUCUCAUUCCUCUCCCUGACACAGGCUACACGCGAAUGUGUCAGUAUAUGUUUGGACGUCCAUGUGUAUUUGAGAAAAUAUAUAAUUAUGUGUUGUGUGCUUAUAUAUAAUAUAUAUGAUAGAUAUAUGCUAUACUUUUACAGAAAGCUAACUUCCAUAAUGAAUUGCCCCUGUAUUUCACUGA